CCCUUGAAUUUAAGGUUUUUCACUUUUAAGAAGAAGUGCUGAAAAAAGUUAAUGAUUAUUUUCAACUGGAAAUAAAUAUUUGCGGACUAUGUGGAGCCAGGGAAAAGGUGAACAAUUUCAUGCAAAUACACACGCACACCCCUGAAUAAUAGCCACCACGCUUAAAAAACAGAAAAAUGGCAAAAACACAGAUGGGCAGCAUACAAGAGAAAAAAGUGCCCAAAUCAGGUAAGGUGUUCACCUUCAGCAGUAACCAAAGAAUUCAAAAUUAGUGAAGGAUUUUACUUAGCACGUGGCUAAACAUUGGAGAGAUUAAUGAAAAUCAUCAUUGGCAGAGUGUGGGGAAAUCGGUCCCCAUUUUGGGGGUAAGAGCACAACGGAUGUAACUUUUCUGGAGGGAAAUGUGGGUCGAAGUGGACAGUAAGAUGAUUUGGUCUAACAAUCCUAAUACUUCACCCAAAGGCAAGGAUCAGCUCAGAGACGCAUUUGCAAGGCUGCUCGGCGAAGCACUGUCUGUACAAAACGCCGAGAACGAAACGUCCCAACAUCCAAGAGGAAGGGUUUUAUUAAACCGAAUAAGGUACAAAAAACAACUGCUCAAAGAAACAAAUUAACUCCUAAUUGCGAUGGGAAUGCAGAAAUGAUGGGGCUGCUGCUUCUGGAAACAUUGUGCAGUUUGAUAUAAAUUUUAAAAUACACUUACAGUAUGACUAAGCCGCCCUACCCUGAAACCAUACAACCAAUCAAUAGCAGUGCUAAAUCUUCGCCAGGUAAACAUUCACGAAUGUUUAUAGCAAGUGUAUGCACUGGCACUCAACACUACAGAAGACCCAGAUGUGCACGAAGUGAGUGAAUAAGCACUCUGUGGUGCAGCCCAGCUAUGGGGUAUCGGGGCCCAGCCACGAUAAUGCAUAGAUUGGUGGGGACCAGGCUACAGGCCCUGCAGUCCCAGGCCACUGUCGACUUGCCUGGAAAACAGAGAAGUAUGCAAAGCUGCAGACUUCCUGGCUGUGUGGGGAGGCCCUAAUCACAGUGCACCCAAGAGAGAGAUAACAUCUGCUGAGGGUAAUACAAAAUGCAGGCAGGCAUCCGGGUGUGGGGAGAGACCUUAACUUGUUCCCUUUGAAAUGCUGAACUUUUUCCUCGUCUUGCUACCCUAAUCUUAGGGCAGUUGCUAGAAAAGUAGGCUCCCCGCUCCCUUGCUCUUCUUGCUGAAUAAUAAAAGCAGGUCCCCUAGAGAUAGGCUUCUCGGUCACCCUUGUAACUUGAAUAUUAUCUCUGUCUCUCUCUCUCUCUCUCUCUCUCUCUCUCUCUUUUAUUCCCUGUCGUCCUCCCUACAGGUAUUUGGGGUCUAUCAGCCCCAGACAAUGUGACGUUACUCAGCUCUAAGAAGGGAUAAAUCCGCUGUUGGUCUCAACAGCGUGGAUGAAUCUCAGCUGCGCUGUGCUGAGUGAAAGCUGCAGACUGAGAGCUCAUGUGUGGCCCAAGUGCAUUCAUACAGCGUCUGGACAGGGCCAGGCUGUAGGGAUGGAAGGCAGUGGUGGUACCAGGGGCUGGGUGCCGUGAGGAUGCAGAGGAUGGAGAGAGCCCCCUAAAAGGAUUCUGUAGACGGUGGUGUGAGUUACAAGACUGUGUGCAUCUUCAGAGCUCACUGAGCUCUGCUCUUUGCCUGGAUGCAAAUUAUUCCUCAAUCUACUUUCUGAACACAACACUCUCUAAUCCUCCUCAGGACCCUGUGCAGAUCCCAGGUAAAUCUGCGUCCACGUCCACUGCGCCGUCAGAAAGGCGGCCUCCAGACAGCGCUCGGGUGACAGGUGUCCAGAGAUUGGGGUGCCCCGACUCCUCUGCUUCUGUACUGCGCCUCAGUCCAUCGGUUUCCUCUUGACAUCGCCUUUUAAAAGCCCAGACUUUGAUCCCCCCUCACCUGUCACUGCCAUCCCAUUGUCUGUCCCCCAGAGCGCUGCACGAGCCCCUGUGACUGUGGCAGUGGUCUCCUAAUUGACCUUGCCUUAGCCCUUGCCCCUUUCAAUCAGAUCCCAGUAAAAUGGACAGAGAGAGCCCCUGACCCUGUGGGUCACGAGUCCCCUCUCUGCUCAAAUUCCCCCAUGGCCAGAGAGUAAAAACCAAAGCUUUACCCCAGCGGCCUAGGAGACGCUGCCCACUCCGCACCUCCCUCUUCCACUGUGUGUCUAAGUGUGUCUCGGGUGUGACCGUGUCAUUUAUCAUCCGAACAAGGGGACUUCCAGUGGUGAAAGGAGGCACCAGGGCCACAGGCACUCGCCCAGAAUUUCCUGGGUGAACCAGAUACAUGCUCACUCUACUCUUGUGCAUCCCAAACAAGCCACAUCUUGGGUGACUGCUCCUGAAAUACCCUACAUCCUCUUGCACCUCAGGACCCUGGCACUUACUGUUUACUUGAAGUUUCUAACCCAGGCACAUGUGGAGCUUGCUCACUGACCUUACUCAACCCUCUACCCAGAUGCCACUUUCUCAGGGAGGCCCUCUCACUGCCUGUGUUAGUCAGCAUUCUGUCACUGUAACAAAAUACCAGAGACGGUCAACUGAAAUGGAAGAGAGGCUUUUGGAUUCACGGUUUCAGAGGUUUCUGUCCAUGGUUGUUGGCCCUGCCGUCUCUGGCCUGUGGUGAGGACAAACAUCAAGCAGAGAGCACAGUGUAGAGUGAAGCUGCAGCCACUCACUGCUCACACGCAGGCCACCAGGAGAUAGCAAGGAGGAGGGCUCACCCCAAUCACUCCAGGGACCUCACUUUUUCCCAUGAGGCUCCAGGCUCUUUAGGGGCCAUCACCCCCCAGUAGCACCGUGAGCUGGAGACCAAGCCCAAACAUGAGCUUUAGGGGGAAACGUAAGAUCCAAACUUCAUUCAACACUACCCAGUUUACACUUGAAAUCCUCCUCCUAAGCAGCACGCGCCCUUUCUCUCUAGUACUUAUUACCAGCAGACAUACUCUCUUUGUCACCUCUUUCUUUUUUUCUUUCAGUUUCUCCCUAUGUUGCCCAGGUUGGUCACAAACUUCUGGGCUCACAUGGCCCUCCUGUCUCAGCCUCCCAAGUAGCUGGGACUACAAGUACGUUUCUCAGACCCAGGUUAAUAUACUCCUGACAAAUUUUUUGUUUCCUGUCCUCCCUAGACCCCACCAAACUGUAAACUCGAUGUGAAGAAAUUGUAGAUUUUCUGCCUUAACCUAUUUUCAGCACAGAUAACAGAUCUUAGCAUAUAUGAUGCACUCAGUAGAUCUUUUCAGAACAAAUUAUUUUUAAACGUUGACUCGCACUUCCUUCCACACACUCCUCGCUAUGCUGAUGUUCCGCACAGGUGGCAUCUGAGUUGGACGUCAUGUGCUACUCUUCACCCUCACACAAGAGGAGCUGGCGCUGGAGGACACCUUUGGGGCCACCCCAGCCCCCUGGAGUUCUGAGCAGCUUGUCAGCCAGGCAACCUCCAUUAUGAGGUUGCUUGGGUUUCCUCCUUACCUGGGCCAGCUCAGCGUGGAGCCUGGGCCUCAACCCAGCAUCAGUGCCUCCAGGCAAAUGCUUCCUUCUCCGUCCAAGCAGCCAGGGCUCAACUGGGAUAGGCUGAGAGCCCAGGAGUCCUGAAUGGGAUCUGAGCCCCUGAGGGGGGCUGCAGAUCAUCCUGAGAAGAGACUGUCCUAAGACACCCCCAGGGCACCAGCACCUCCUGCCCCUGCUUCCCCAAGUGGAAAACUCCAGGGCUCAGCCGGGGCCAGGCACCAUCAGGAUCCCGGGUCUGCACCAUGUUUAGUCUGGAGAAGAACCCACCCUCAGCUGGUCCCAGGCUGCCAUAGAGCACAGCCUCGAGCUUCUGCCAUCUACCACCAUGUCGAAGAUGUCGCUGCUUGGACAGGACCACAGUAGCCCACUGGACUUGGACAGCUGGUCCAGGGCCCAAGAGGGGAGCGAUUGUCCUCUUGCUGGGGAAGCCAGCACACUCCCAGCGCAGACUCUGAUCCACCUGCUGAAGUGCAGCAUUGGCACCCGGCUCCUGGGGCUCCCCCUAGCUGUAAAAAAACGCCGGGCCUUGAUCAGGCCCCUCAGCCUGCUGGCCAUUGGGAUCCCCGCAGUGCACUGCACGGUCAUCCUGCUGAACUGUGCAACAUCGCAAGCACAGGAGGAGCUGAGACCCUUUCAGAACUGGACAUGUGCUCCCUGGUUUGCCAUUGUCUCCGUGACAGCCUAUUCUUUUUACCCUUUUCUCUUUACUCCGCUGCCCCCACCCUCUUGGUACACUGUCAGCUGCUUUUUUUUUCGGUACCGGGGAUUGAACUCGGGUCCUUGUGCUUGCAAGGCAGGCCACCGAACCGUGGAGCCAAAUCGCCGGCCUAUCAGCUUCUUAUUAAUCAUUACCCAGCUGGGCUUCUGCAGUGUUUAUUUGUUUAUAUCAGACAAUUUACAACAGAUAGUAGAAGAGGCCCACGUCAUCUCCGGCACCUGCCAGCCCAGGAAGAUCCUGGUGCUGACCCCUAUCCUGGACAUUCGCUUCUAUAUGCCGACAGUCCUGCCCUUCCUGAUCACGCUGGCAUUUACCCAGAACCUCAAGUUGCUGUCUAUCUUCUCAACCCUGGCCAACAUCGCCACUGGGAGUAUGGCGCUGAUCUUUGAAUGUAUCAACCAGGGAAUCCCAUAUCCCAGCAAUUUACCCCUGAUGGCAUACUGGAAAACCUUCUUGCUAUUCUUUGGUACGACCAUCUUCACAUUUGAAGGUGUUGGUGUGGUAAGAUUGUUAAAAAAUGAAAGCAGCAAUCCACAGCAAUUCUCCCUUGUUCUGUACCUGGGGCUGUCCUUUGUCAUCUCCCUCUGUAUCUGCCUAGGGACACUGGGCUACAUGAAGUUUGGGUCAGACACCCAGGCCAGCAUCACUCUCGACUUGCAUAAUUGCUGUCUGUACCAGUCUGUCAAGGUGAUGUACUCCAUCGGCAUCUUCUUCACCUACUCCCUGCAGUUCCACGUCCCGGCUGACAUCAUCACCCUGUUUGCCAUCUCCCCGGUGUCCGAGAGCUGGGCGCUGCUUGCGGGCCUGUCUGUCCGCACAGCCAUGGUUUGCCUGAGCUGUGUCUCCACUGUCCUCAUCCCCCACCUGGAGCCGUUCCUCUCCUUGGUGGGCUCCGUGAGCAGCAGCGCCCUGGGCCUGGUCAUCCCACCGCUCCUGGAGAUCGCCACCUGCUCUGAGGACAUGAGCUGUGUGGCCAUCUCAAAGGACGUCGUGAUCAGCAUGGGCCUUCUGGGAUGCAUACUCGGGACAUACCAAACCCUCUGUGAGUUCACCCAGCCCACGGGCUGCUCCGUGGCCAACUCCAAAGUUGUCUAUGUGUGAUUCUCUACUUUUACCCUGAUAGCUGUCCCUCCCAUCCCCGUUUUUAUUUCCAUGUGGGUGUUUC